AGGAGUAGAGGGAUGGCGAGAGGAAAGGAAGAAGAGAAUGGUUCGCGAAGGGUGGUGGAAAAGUGGUGGAGCUUGAAAGAGCCACGCCCCGAUCGUACAAACGUCGAGCGUGGAAAUCGGAGGGUGUCUCUCUAUCCGCGGCUCAGCUCAACUCGGGGGUGGCUCUCGUCUACGUCCAACCGAGAGAGACACGAACGCAACCACCACAGAGGUCACCGCGCGCAACGAAGUCGAAUCACAGUCGUAUCCUUUAUCAGCGAUGUCACAGAACAUCCACGCGUGUCACCGAACUACAAAACGUCGAACUUUAUCUAUAAAUUGUCCGUACCCUUAAAAUAUCAUUCAAUAACAAUUAGAGAUUAUCGUUCGUAUAUCGAGAUUAUUAAUCUCUUACAUAAGUUUCUUUCUUCUGUUUUGUCAUAAUCAUUGGUGAGGGAAUCGAGUAUUUGUAUUUAUACGAGAAAAUAUAGUGCGCGAUGAUCGAAAAAAAAUUACAACAAUGGCUCAUGGUGUUACGGAGAACUUGUGAUCUAACGAUCGAUAAGAUCUGAGCUCAUUGCUAAUUAAUUAUGUGUAGAUUUUGUGGUGUAAUAUCUAUAUGAUCAAGAUCGUGGAUGAUUAUCUUCGAUCUAGUUUAGCUAUAUCAUACGAAGAGAAAGAAGAGAACUUCUUCUUGAAAAGUUUUCAUCGUGAGUUGGUAGUUCGAAUACUGUGAUAUUUGUACUUCCGAGAGGAAUUUUUCGUUUCUACUGCUUGCGAAGAUUAUACGAAGAUAAAGGAGUAAGAAGAUCCAAAAGGAACAGGAAGAGGAAGAAGAAGAAGCAAAAGAAAAAGAAGUAGAAGAAGAAAGAGCAAGAAGACGAGCAAUAUCAAAUCACGUAACAUGGUAGAGAGUAUCUAUGCUGGUGAUUCACCGAGAUCACGUUCUCCGAUGACAGAACCAUCGAGUCCUCUUCAAGAUGGUCCCGGUAUAUCCGGUUACAAUCAUCGUUAUCUAUACAAUUAUUCACCUGAGGGUCCACAACAUAAAUUAAAGAAUCACGAUACCCAAAAUCAUGCAUCUUCGAGGCGACACGAAGUGGAAUCACGCGAAAGAACGUUCUCCAGGAGUCCAGUGAGUUCGGAAGAGGCAGGUUAUCGACCUCGGGAAAUUUCAAGGCCGAGUUCUUCCGCUACCAUGUCCUCACCCACCUCUCUAUUUACCAUCGACAGUAUCCUAGCACCUAGACCGAUCGCUAAUAUACCCCCAACAAGUACUGCGAGCUUAAACUCCAUAAUACAGAAUCCGGAAACCGUCGGUUCACCUUCGAGGACGACUACCAUGCAUCCUCUUCAACAACAGCUUCAUCAUUUGGCCUUCACCUCGGCGGAUUUUUUCGCCGCCGCAUAUCCUGCCUUAUAUCCAGGACAAUACGUAGCUGCUAUGGCUGCUGCAGGUGUUUCUCUUCACGGACAACCAACGUUUUAUCACGCUGGUCAUCCUUAUCAGAUGAAUCCAAGCACGCCAGGUGUCGGACCAAUGACGAAAAGGAAACGUCGUCAUCGGACGAUAUUUACGGAAGAACAGUUGGAACAAUUGGAGGCCACAUUUGAUAAAACGCAUUAUCCUGACGUGCUGCUUAGAGAACAAUUGGCUCUUCAGGUUGAUCUCAAGGAAGAAAGAAUCGAGGUAUGGUUCAAGAAUCGUCGUGCCAAGUGGCGCAAACAAAAACGCGAGGAACAAGAACGCAUGCGAAAACUCCAGCUGGAACAACGUCAACACAACGAGGAUGGAGUAUCGACGGCAUCGAUUAGGGUUACCGAUCAUCUGACCUUGACCAGACAGCAACAGCAGCAACAACAACAGCAGCAGCAACAACAGCAGCAACAACAACAGCAACAGCAACAACAACAACAACAACAGCACGAACAAGAAACUGACAGUUCCGAUCUGGAGGUCGCGUAGUCGCUAAAGGACUUCAUCCAAAUCGUUUUUUCACCGUGCGUCGCCAUUGAAACCGCUGAAAGUCGACUUUUCUUCUCGCCUGGGAAGCCUGUAAAUACGGAACUAAAAUGUAAAUAUUCCUGUAAAUAUGGCUAACGAUGAAUGUGUAUAAACGAAAUAAAUUAUUGCA